UCUGCACAUUGACGUCGUUUGUUUAAAAUUCUAGUUUUUGUUUUAUACGAAAGAAAGCCAGGAAUUUUUAACCUCUGUAAGGAGGCGUGGCAACAGAAUUGGAAAGUACUGAAUGGAGCUGUUUCCAGAAAACUAACGGGGAUAACCGAUCACAGGGUAUAAAAUAAGGGCGAAAUCUCGUUCGGUCCAGUUCGUUGUUUUACAUGUAGAUAGGUAAUUUCCACUCUCAUCAUGUUCCGAUACCUUCUGGUUUUCUCGUUGGUCUUUUUAUUGAUUACGGAGGAUGUAUGUGCUUGGAGAAGAUUUAGAAGAUUCAUAAGAAAAGCUAAAGAGAAAGUCGCUAAGGUGGCAAGAGUUGUAGCUACUUUCAGAACUGCUGGGGCAGUUUUAGGGAAAAGGUCCACAGAUGAUGACGUGCUCAAAUUGGACAUCUGUCAAUUUUCAUCUUUUGAUCUGGACAACGACAACAACAUUAGUGACUCGGAAAUAAAUGUCCUUAUUGAAAUGACUGGGAUGGAUGAUCUUGAUGAAUUCUUUGAACAACUUGAUAUAAACAAAGAUGACAAAGUCACAAUUGAGGAGCACACCAAUUCCAGACUUAUCAAGGAGGCAUGUUCAUGAUGUGAAUCGUUUCAAUGCGUGCAUAAAUCUUGUUCAUAUUCACUACUUUAAUGCAUCUGAUAGACAGUUUAAGCUUAAACCUUGAAUAAACUAAAUUCGUUUUAUUUCA